AUGCUCUCCACCCCUGUCAACCUCCCCAAGUGGCUGGAGGAGAACUCCCACCUCCUCAAACCGCCAAUCAACAACUACUGCGUCUACAAUGAAGACUUCACCGUCAUGAUCGUCGGCGGUCCCAACGCCAGGACGGACUACCACAUCAACCAGACCCCAGAGUGGUUCUACCAGUACAAGGGCGCCAUGAUGCUCAAGGUCGUCGACGACGGCGUCUUCAAGGACGUCAUCAUCCGCGAGGGCGACAUGUUCUUGCUGCCCGGCAACACCCCGCACAACCCCGUGCGCUUUGCGAACACCGUCGGCGUCGUCCUCGAGCAGCGCCGCCCCGAGGGCUCGCUCGACCGCAUGCGCUGGUACUGCGAGGCCUGCCGCGAGGUCGUCCACGAGGCGGCCUUCCACUGCACCGACCUCGGCACGCAGAUCAAGGCCGCUGUUGAGGCGUUCAAGGCGGACGAGGCGGGCCGCACGUGUAAGAAGUGCGGUGUUGUUGCGGAGUCGGCGCCGAAGCCUGGGUCGAUCAAGGACCCUAACCUGGAGUGA